GGUGUGAGCGUGAUGUGACGGGGCGUUACUGCGUGAUUCUAGAGUGUUCCGUGACCAAAUGGACAAAAAGUGGGCGUGCUCGUCGGCGUCCUUCACCGUCAUCCCCCUGCUCGUCGUCGCCCCCGCACCCGCCGCCUCUCUGCUCAUCGCCCCGCGUGUCGAACAAAAUGCACCACCUCUCUCAGUCGUCCUCUGCUGCGCUCCGCCGCGCCGCCGCAAAAGCGGCCAAGCCUUCGCUGGCUCGCGGCGCGCACAAGGAAAUCAAGUUCUCGAACGAGGGUCGCGCUAGCAUUCUCAAGGGUGUCGACGUGCUCGCGGACGCCGUCAGCGUCACCCUCGGUCCCAAGGGUCGCAACGUCAUCAUCGAGCAGUCUUUCGGCGGCCCGAAGAUCACGAAAGAUGGUGUUACGGUCGCCAAGUCAAUACAGCUGAAAGACAAGUUCGAGAACCUCGGUGUUCGCCUCGUCCAGGAUGUCGCCUCCAAGACCAACGAGAUUGCUGGUGACGGCACGACCACCGCAACCGUCCUCGCGCGCGCCAUCUACGCGGAAGGUGUGAAGAACGUCGCCGCUGGCUGCAACCCCAUGGACCUCCGCCGCGGUUCCCAGGCCGCCGUCGAGCGCGUCGUCGAGUUCCUCUCCUCGCACGCAAAGACUAUCACCACCACCGCCGAGAUCGCCCAGGUCGCUACCAUCUCCGCAAACGGCGAUGCCCACGUCGGGAACCUCAUCGCUCAGGCCAUGGAGAAGGUCGGCAAGGAGGGCGUCAUCACCGUCAAGGAGGGCCGCACGAUCGACGACGAGAUCGAGAUCACCGAGGGCAUGCGCUUCGACCGCGGCUUCAUCUCCCCCUACUUCGUCACCGACGUCAAGAGCCAGAAGGCCGAGUUCGAGAAGCCCCUCGUCCUCCUCAGCGAGUCGAAGAUCAGCCGUCUUCAGGACAUCCUCCCCGCUCUCGAGGCCGCCGUCCAGGCCCGUCGCCCGCUUCUUAUCAUCGCAGAGGACGUCGACGGUGAGGCCCUCGCCGCAUGUCUCGUCAACAAGCUCCGCGGUCAGGUCCAGGUCUGCGCAGUCAAGGCCCCGGGCUUCGGCGACAACCGCAAGUCCGUCCUCGGCGACCUCGCCAUCCUCACCGGCGGACAGGUCGUCACCAACGAGCUCGACAUGAAGCUCGAGCAGCUCACCCCCGACAUGCUCGGUUCCUCUGGGUCCAUCACCAUCACGAAGGAGGACACCAUCGUCCUCAACGGCGAGGGCUCCAAGGAUGCCAUCCAGCAGCGCUGCGAACAGAUUCGCUCCCUCAUCGCGGACCCCACGACGAGUGAGUACGACCGUACUAAGCUCCAGGAGCGCCUCGCGAAGCUUUCGGGCGGUGUCGCGGUCAUCAAGGUCGGCGGUUCUUCCGAGGUCGAGGUCGGCGAGAAGAAGGACCGUUACGACGACGCGCUCAACGCCACGCGUGCGGCCGUCGAGGAGGGUAUCCUCCCCGGCGGUGGUGUCGCGCUGCUCAAGGCGUCCCUCGCCCUCACCAGCAAGGCUCCUGGCUCGCAGGUGACGGCCUCGCCCGACGUCAAGCCCAUCCCGACCGCCAACUUCGACCAGGACCUCGGCGUGUCCAUCAUCAAGCGCGCACUCUCGUACCCCGCACGGACCAUCCUCAAGAACGCGGGCGAGGAAAGCUCUGUCCUCGUCGGCACCAUGAUCCAGCAGUACGGCGCGGAGGACAAGUUCGCGUGGGGCUACGACGCGAGCAAGGGUGAGUGGGUGGACAUGAUCAAGGCCGGUAUCGUCGAUCCCCUCAAGGUCGUUCGUACCGCGCUUGUCGACGCGGCCGGCGUCGCGAGCUUACUCACCACGAGCGAGGCGUGCGUCGUCGAGGCUCCGGAAGAGAAGGCUCCUGCGGCACCGGGCGGUGGUAUGGGUGGCAUGGGUGGUAUGGGCGGCAUGGGCUUCUGAGCGGGGCGUCGUCGUUGAGUUGUGGGCGUGGACGAGAAAAAGUAUCAUGG